AUGUCGGCACAAUCAAUAGAGUGCGUCGGCUGUCAUAAGCCAAGACUGAUUGUACUUAUAAGGCAUGGUGAGAGUGAAUCGAACAAGGAUAAAACUAUAAAUCAGCAUACACCAAACCAUUUGAUACCAUUAACGAAGAGGGGAUGGGAUCAGGCGAGACAGGCUGGUGUUGAAUUAUUAAAAGUCCUCAAUAUAGAUGAUAAAGACUUGGCACACAAGCUUGAAUCAAAGUAUGAAUCUAAAGAAAAUCUGGGUGAUAAGCUGGAAUUGAGCGGUUAUCAGAGAUAUGAUAAGAAAAAGGAUAGACAUGUAGUUUUUUAUACUUCACCAUACAAAAGAACAAGAGAGACAUUGAAGGGUAUCCUAGAUGUAUUUGAUGAGUAUAAUGAGCUGAACUGCGGAGUCAAGAUCUGUAAUGAUGAUAGAUAUGAGCCGUGCGGUAAAAACAAAUUAGCCACAUGGACGCCUCCAAGAUUUCCCAGUGGUGUCUACGAAAACAGCAAUGUUAAAGAAAGCGAUCUUCUAGAGCUAAAGAAUAGUGAAAAGCAUUUCAUUCAAUAUCGCGUCAAGGACGAUCCCAGAAUCAGAGAGCAAGAUUUUGGUAAUUUUCAGCACAUCAGCAGUAUGCAAGAUGUGAUGAGGAAAAGAUCUACCUAUGGCCAUUUUUUCUACAGAUUCCAGGAAGGAGAAAGCGCUGCAGAUGUCUAUGACAGGGUCGCGAGCUUUCAGGAAACGCUAUUCAGAUAUUUCGAAAAGACAAAUAAAAGACCUAGAGAUGCCAUCGUCUUGGUAACCCACGGUAUCUACUCCAGAGUAUUCCUGAUGAAAUGGUUUAGAUGGACAUACGAAGAAUUCGAAUCCUUUGUGAACGUUCCAAACGGAUGCAUGAUUGUCAUGGAAUAUAACUCUGAAUCUGACAGAUAUGAACUUAGAACACAAUUACCAAAGUGGUGUUAG